AGUUAUUGACAUUAUUAAUGAAUUGUUUGUUUUAUUUUUUACGUCAUUACAUUAAUAUUGUAACUGUUUAAAACUAAUAAGUGUAAUUAAUUAUAUUAAAGAAAUUGUGGAUACAUACUCCAUUCUCUAAUUGUGUCACAAUGACUACCGAAAUUGAAGGUUUAAAAACAAAUGAAUUUUUACGACGACGAAAAUUGAGACUUCAACAGGUUAGGGAACAAUCAAAAGACAUAGCUAAAAAGAUCCGAUUACGAGCUAAAGCCGAAAAAUUACAGAACAUUGCAGAUAUUGACACUAACUUACAAAAACAAUACUUGCAGCGCCAAGAGAAAUUGGUUAAAAAGUUGGAAGAUCUGUAUUCUAAAGGAAUUAAGAGUGUUGGAACGAGUCAUAAAAAUGCUACUGAAGUUACAUUAUUAGAAUCACCAGAGAAAAUAGAUUUAUCAAAACAAAGAGGACGAGAGGCAGCUGCUGAAUUAAGAAGGAAGAAACAAGAGAAAUUAGAUGAACAACAAAAAUUAUUAAAUAGAAAAGCACAGGCAAGAGAAAUCGCUAAUGAAAUCAGUAGAGACAAGUCAACUGCUGUAGUUAACAAACUUUUGACAAAGCCAACUAUUGGUACUGAUGGGAUUAAAGGGCCAGAACUUUCCGGUCCUGUCAAUUCUAAUCAACAUAUCAACAUUACUGACAAUGAUAAAGCUUCAGAAGAACUUUUAAAACAAUCUGACAUGGCGACUCAGUGGGACUUUGAUACUGUUCCAAAUGAGUGGGAACCAAAUAUACCCAGACUGUCUUUACCUAAAGAUGACAGAGACAGCACAAAAGAAUCCUUAAACAAUAAUGCAGAAAGUAAAUCUGAUAAAAGUAAAAAACAUGACCUAUUUGCUCUUAGUGAGGAAAUGCCAUUGAGCUUACGAGGAGGUCCUGCAAAUAUAUCUGAGGAAAGACUACCAGUAAAACCUUCAUUGACACUAGUAUCUGAGUAUUUAAAACACAGAGGUCUCAAUUUAAGGGACACUGACUCAGGAUCAGUUGCGAAGAAACAGUCCAAUGACCUAACUGGUAUAAAACAAACAAUAUUACGGACAAGAGCUUCUAAUGCAGGAGCCAAAGGUAAAACCUCAGAAAAAACAACAACAACAAGUAGCAUACCAAGUAUACUAGCUAAAAAGAAUUCCGUCACUGUAUAUAAUCACUCAACCAGAAACACGCGUGAUGUACCACUCAGUGAUGAGGGACUCGUGGUGCCCACUUGCCCGCCCGGUGAAGAUGCCUACUCACUAGCGGCAAAGGAGAGCAAUAAAGAUAACAAUCAAGACAUGGAACAUCUGAAGAGAUUACAAGAUAUGAGAUCUAAAAUUGCUAUGACAAAACAGAAUGUUGAAAAGGAAUAUAAGGAUACAAUGAUGUUUUUGAAUUCUCUGCCAAAGAAUAAAGGCAGUAGACAAAAUAAUGUUGCUUAUAUGGAUGGACAUAGACAAGAAAUGCUCAACAAAUGCAGGCAACAGAAAUUACAACAUGAAUUUAGAAAAAUUGAAAAGGAAUGUAGAAAGCACAGUAAUAUGAAUUCCAGUUCACAACUACUUGAAAGAGAAAGGAGCAAAUCAAAAUCACCAUCUGGGAAGAGAGAUAAUUUUGAAGCUAAAGAGUUCCAGUAUUCUUGGAUGCCAGUGCCCGAAAGCGAUGGGAACCUCGUCAUUCACACUAUACCUACAUCAGUAAGAGAGGGAAAGGCUGGGAAUACUGUAAAAUUUAGUAAAGUCGACAGCUACCAUGAGUAUAGAUCGCGACAUAAACAUACUCCCCCCACUAAAGACACAGUUCAGCAAGAUAAACAAAAAAAGGUUCUUGAAACUGUAAUUAUUGAGAAUAGCAGUGAAUCAACAGACAGCUCUUCAAUAGCAUCUGAUACUAGCUCGGUAGAGAACUUGAGGCUUAAUACAACAGAUUCAAAAACUAAAGCUGAUAGGAAUCAGACUUUAACAGAUACUGACAGAAUUAUUAUAUACAAGGUUUUGAAUUCCAAAAAGAAGCAUAAGGCUAAGAAAAAAGCAAAAUUGAUAUCAGACAUAGCCAAAUCUUUGAGUGCUCUAAACAUAGAUGUGAACAGUAAGGCUGAUGAUGAUAAAACUAAAGAUAAUAAUGAAAAAAAUACAGUAACAAAUAAACAAAUAGAAAAGAAAUCUUCAUUAGAACAUUUGCAAGAAGGUGUGUACAAAACAACAAAGGAAACAGGGAUAUCUUACAAUGUAACCAGUUGUUAUACUACUAAUAUAGAGAUGUGGCAAACAACAGCUGAGAGGCAGCCAUGGUGGGACAACAUUACAUCAUUAUAUUUUACGGACAAUUCUCAGGGAACAAUUCAGAGAGAAGACAACACCAGGAAUAAUCAAUUAUGUGCUUGUGGCAAGCAACUAGCUAACGAUCAGAAGCAACAUCAAGAUACUGAUGUUCAUAAAGAAGUUGGUAACAAAGUACAACAAUCUUCCAUAUCUCCAAAUAUAUGUGCAGACUAUAAAUGUGGAUGCCCUAGGAGUACAAAACCUACUGAUAACCAACCUAUACAGCCAUCAACAGCGAACUCAACUACUUCAUUCAAAACUGCUGUCAAUGACAAAGCAAACACUGUUCUACCUGAUAGUGAAUUCAUGAAAUUAAUUGAUGACUGUGGUCAAGAUGCUGGGAAAUUAUAUAUCGGUGCUACAGGUUUCCUUAAAAACGAUGCUUAUGAAGUGAUCAUACAACUUAGAAAAAAAGAAUCAAUGAAAGAUGACAACAUUAAAUCAGAUGAAAAAGUAUCAGAUGAGAAAACCUUACCCUUUGAACAACAAACUCAACAAAUUAAUGAAGAAUUUCCAAUUACUUCAAGUGAAAUGAUACAUGAUAAUCAACAGUCAACAAAUGUCAAUUGUCUGGAAAAUUUAACUAGUACAAUACCACCCUGUGUAGAAAAUAAUACUAUACUAGACAAUGUAUCUAAAACUAAAGAAGACAAGAUUGAGACACGAAUUGGAAUUGAGGGGAACAGUGAGAAAGAUAUCACUUCUAGUGAAGGAUCAAGUGACCCAUCACUAGGAGUUCAUACUUCUUGUCAGAAGUCUAGUACUGUACCUAAUCAGGUUUCCAAAUUAGGAACUGUCCCGAAACCUGCAACUUCAGCUUGUACACAAACUACAUUUAGCUCUCCAAAUUCAAGACCGGUAUUCUUCCAUAUGAGUUCUUCUACUUCUACAGCUUAUAUGAGCCCUCCAGAAAAUGUGUUACCCCAAUAUUUUAGGCACCACAGAGAUGAUAUCUAUGACUCACAGUUCCCUGACACUGGAUGUACAAAACAUGAGGGUUAUCCAUGUAAACACUGUGCUCAUUCUAGAAAACAAAUGCAAGUUGGGGAUCAUUUUCAUUGUAAGGGUAAAAGAAAAUGCUCCCGAAAUAAAUUAAACACUUCACCAAUUACUUUUCGAAGCUAUACUGCUACCGAAAAUAAAGAAGACAUAAAUAACGAUAAACAUACAUAUAACAAAAAUCGUAAAUGUCACAAGUGUGAAAGUCGAACUGAAGCAAAAACUUGUAGUAAAUCUGGAAGUCAUAAAAAGUUCAAACAACACACUGCCCACAAAAAGCCAUCUCAAAAUCUGAUUAUGCACAUUAGUUCUGGUGCAUCGUCAUAUAAAAAUGUAAUAUCAAAGAAUAGUUUAAAUAAAGACACCAGAUCAAGCCUGAACCCUAUCAUCAAAAGUUAUGUCAAUAAACUAUUAACUCUCAAUAAACAAGGUAUGAAAGCAAUUGAAGUAGUAAAUCAAGAAUGCAGUGCAGUUACAACGCCAGGAAGCUCUAUUAUUGACAUGCCCAAUAACAUAGUUGGACAUAAACCAUUAAUAGAAAAUAAAAUAUCACUAGAACAAAUAAAAAGUACGCUAAUACAACAAAUAUUGAAUGGUAAUGCUAUAAAUUCCCAAAUCGAGCCUAAUAAUAAGGUUUUGUUGAAUACAACAAACCACAACAUGAAAUUUAAAAAGAAGUCUUGUCCUCACCUUGUUAAGAAAAGAUUAGUGCACAAAGUAAAAUCAUUAAAUAUUUCGCGAAAUGUUUUAAAAAAUAAAUCAAAUCAACCCAGUUCUCUUGAUAAAUUAAAUAAACCAGUUUUACGACAGUGGCCUACAGAAACAAAAGAAAUGUCUAGAGUUUUAAUGAAAACACAUAUCAACAGUCACAGUAAAUUAUCUAAGCAAUUACUAACAAAUGAGGCAGAACAGAUAAAUUGUAAUUCGGAAAGAACUGAUGAAAGUUCUAAUAAUUUACCUAAAGUACGAGACAAAGGAAAUCUAUAUGAGAAUAAUAUAAUUGGUGCAACCAAAGCAAAAAUAAAUCAGUUUAAACAUGCAUCACACAGAACAAAUUCAGCAAAUUCAGAAAUGAGCGGCUCAUCAUGUAUGACUCAACCUCCUAUGAACACUUCUACUCAGACAAAUCAAGACAUUGAUUCAGAAAUACAUUAUAUUAAAUUAGCUCAAAAUAAACUGGAAAAUAUGGAAAAAAUUGCUGAUCUGACAGAAAAAUGUACACAACGUUUGUCAAAUCUAGCGAAAGUAUUGGAUGAAGUUAGGAAGAAUAAAUCAACAGCAUAUAGUCAAAUAUCAUCUUCAGACUCUGCAUCAGAUUCAGACCAAAAAGCAAAUAAGAUAAACACUAAUAUCGAUAGUGAGCAAAUUCAAAUACAAAGUUAUGAGCCAGUUAUUGAAAUCCAAAAUAAAUUGGAAAACAAAUCUCCCCCACCCAUCUCUUUAAACACAGAUAAGACAGAUGCUGAAUUUAAUUCUGCCGAUUUUGUUCCUUUUUUAUUAGAUAUACCGAAACCUGCAGAAUCAAAACGUCACAUCACGCCACCUGAGAACAAUUUAGAGUUGCCAAUUGUUCAAGAACAAAUAAUAAAAAAUAGAACCCGUCCACCUCCUGCUCUAAAUCGUAUUAAUUUAAAACAUACGGAAGAAUAUGUGACCCCACAUGAACUUUCAACAGUUGUAGAAGUGGACUCACCAAUGAGUGUCAAGUUCAAGAAUUUAUCACGUAAUGAUACAAAGUGUGAUGCCAUUAAUGUUUCAGAACAUAAUUAUAAUAAAGAAAGAACGAAGGAUGUGGUUAAGGAUAAUAAAUGUACAUAUAACAUUGACAAAAUCCGUAAUCCAGAUGUUGUUCAAAUAGAUGAUAAAAUGUCCAAACGAACACUUAAAUUAUCAUCUACUGAGACAUCAGAGGACUAUAAAAAUCAAAUCAUAGAUCUGAAGAAAUUCAACGACAUAAUGUUGAAACCAUUUAUCAGUAUACAUGAGUACGCUAAACAAUGUAAUGUAGGAUCAUUCGAUGAGGCAUCUAAUCUUGACGAUGUUCCAAAAGAUGAAGCUUUAAAUGACGAAUUGAGCUCGAUGCAAUCAGAUGGUAGUUUGCCAGAUGUGAUUGCAGAACUAUUAAAAAGAAACAUUAUUUCUGAGCCAUUUAAAUACGAUUCAAAUGCAAAUUCCACAACUGUUUCAUCAGAAUCUACAUUAUCAGUUUUUGCGUUGUCUAAAAUGCGGAAGGAGAAAAAGAGAACAAAGGUAGUAAUUCAAAAUAAAGAAAACAUAGCUGAGACUUCGGAUACAUUGAGUUUUUCGUCGAAUCCUGAUUUGGAGAAUGCAUUUAAAAAGCUGGGUAUGGGUUGGGCUUCUUCGACUUUAAAAAAAACGAAAGAGCGCUUAGCUCUCUCUUCGUCUUCUAACACGUCUAGUUCCAGUUUAUCUCAAUUUAAAUUGAGAAGUUUGAACCAACAUGAUACUCCAGCAUUAGUAACGGAUUCCGUUUCCUCAAUCUUAGAUGUAUCAAAGAAGCCAUUACAAGUUCAAUAUGUUAAAGAGAAGGCUAAAAAUGCUGGACAACAAACUUCAUUAACAAAAUCAAUGACAGUAAAAGAAUUUUUAACGAAUGAACUGGCUAACAAAAUUACUUUCACAAAUAGAUCUAAUAGAAACGACACAGAAGAGUUUGUUUCUCUGUUUGAGACAAAAAUGCCAGAAGAGUUGAAACAAUCGCCAUGUGUGGGCCAGGAAGAACUUUCAGUAGACAGUGCAACAAACGGGAAUAGAGCUCGCACUUCGACUCCCGUACAAAUUUUUAAAUCGAUGACAUAUCACUCGAGCUCCAGUUCUAAUUUAUCUAAUGGCUUAUUUAGUAACGUUGAUGAUUUGUCGUCCGUUAAAGUAACUUCUAACUCAAUACGAAAUCAUUCCACAUCUGAAAAAGAUGACUUGACCAUUCCCAAUUGUAGCCUUAGGACAAAAAAAUCUGAUGCUAGCAAAAGUGAAUGAUUAUUUAUUGAUUGAAAUUAGAAUUAUACUUAAAUAUUUAUGUUAAUUUAUUUAGAUGUAUAUUGAGAAAGAACAAAUUAUUACGAGAAAUAAUAAUUAACGAUUUAUAUUGU